AUGGUGGGUGCGUUCUCAGCCCAAACCCAAGGUCUCAAGCCAACAACACCACCAGCAACUACUGCUCUGUUCAACCCAUCUCUCUCAUCACCAUCUGAAUUGCUUUCAACUUCUCAUCUAUCACUCUUCAAGAACUCCACUUCAAUUGCCUGUGGAUUUUCUUCAAAGCAAGCUUCUUUUCUCAGAGGUCAAUUCUGUAGCAGACACUUUCUUGGGUUUGAUUACAAUCUUGCUCGAAGAAAACAAGCAGGGCAUGUUGUUUCACCAUGCUGCGUCCUUCCGUUAACUGAAGAAAAUGUAGAGAAAGUCUUGGAUGAGGUACGACCUGGCUUGAUGGCUGAUGGUGGGAAUGUGGCACUACAUGAGAUAGAUGGCCUUGUUGUGGUAUUAAAACUGCAAGGAGCUUGUGGGUCAUGUCCAAGCUCAACAAUGACACUAAAGAUGGGAAUUGAGACCCGCCUGAGAGAUAAAAUACCCGAGAUUAUGGAAGUUGAACAGAUUCUGGACAGAGAGACAGGUCUUGAGCUAAAUGAGGAAAAUGUAGAAAAGGUUCUUUCUGAGAUUAGACCAUAUCUUGCCGGCACAGGAGGUGGGAUCCUGGAGCUUGUACAGAUCGAUGACUACGUCGUCAAAGUACGGUUAAGUGGACCAGCAGCCGGGGUCAUGACAGUUCGUGUUGCUCUAACACAAAAACUGAGGGAAAAAAUACCCGUUAUUGCAGCUGUUCAGUUGAUAGAAUGA